CAAGAAGCAUUGAGUUUCUCUUCUUCCUCUCUCCUUCACCACUGCUCAGAGGGAAACAGCAACACAGAGGAGAUUCCUCCAGAAAAUAACUAUGGUUUAUAAAAAAGAGAUGAAGACCAUGCUGGAGAAAAUCACAACUAUAAGGGACCUAAUUAAGUGUGGAUUUGGUCAGCCUUGGCCCAGGCAUGGACUCAAGCUCUUGUACUGGUUUGCUAAAGACUGCAUCUGGGUUAACGAGGAUGGCGACAUGUUCCUGGCCUGUAACCCAGCGAAUGGAGUCUUUGGCUUUCACCUCUUUGAAAACAGAUACACCAAACGUAAUGAGAAACUUCUUCCAGAUGUGAACUUUCACUACUAUUUGCUGGGCAAUCUGAAUUCGCCAGGAGCUGAUAUGCUGCCGAACUACAUCAAGAAACACAACAACAUCAUGCAUGACGAAAGCAACGCAGACCGCCUCAUCGUCACUGAUCACGAACAGAUGAAGUUUGGGAAAAUUUACCUGACAACGCACAAUGAUCAGUCAAAUUAUGAUCCGAACGCCACGUUUCAUAUCUCCAGGAGCCUCCUGAAGAUCAUCAAAUCAUAUCCAAAUCUUGAAGACUUUCUGCAGAGCCUUGGGUAUCAGGAUGAAACAUCUCAUCAGCCAGCUUCGGUUGCGUCUGUUAGAGUGUAUCAGAUGGUGAUGGUAGAAUCUGAAAAGAGAAGCGAUGUCACUGUAGAUACCGACACACCAUCUAGAAACUGUCUCUGUAGUUGUACUAUACUCUAAAAUCAUUUCACGAGGAAAAGUUGGGAGGGAAAGUCUCUGAGAUGUUCAGAGGUCAAGAACGCACUGACUGAACACACCAGCAAGAAGCAGUUAACGUUUGAUUUAGUUGUUAGAUUAGCUUCACUAACAGUUAAAGAUUUAUGUGCUUAGCAAUGUGCUCAUUUAUGGACUGAACUAGUCCAAGUAAACAUGUAACCUUUUUUGUGCAUUUUAACAGGCAUGCAAAUUUUGGAUAUUGAGUCACUUAGUUUCUCUGGGUUGAGAAUAAAGGCAAGAAAAAGAGAAAACGGUCAUCUUGUUUGGGUAUUUUCUGUAAAAGAAGGACAUUAGAGAUGUUUGUUCAACCACUCUACCACCACUUGAGAGUAAAUAAGUGACAACGAACUUACAUUUUCCGAGUUCAAUAUAAAGCAUUUAAGGCAUAAUGUAGAUUGUCACAAAAAAAUCAAAUGAAAAAUUAGUCAUUAUGUUGAUUAGUAGAAAUAAAUAAAAGGUACAUUAGCAGUUUUUAACCUCUAACGGUUAAAAAACAAAACUGCAUGCAGUUUGCGGAAGAAUAUUGUUUUGGUUGUGCUUCGGCUUUGCGUGACAGUGCGGAUGAAUAUGGCCAUUCAAUAGAUCGUGAAUUACAGUAAACUUUGUUUUAGAGAGCCUCAUAUGGCAAUAAAACGUAUCUGUUCAAUAAAAUACCUUACUCACCUGUUGAGUAAUGAUUUUAACAUCUUUUUUUAUUGUCUUUCUCCCAACUCAGCUGCUUCUCCUCGUUCGACUUGCUGGUAUGUUUACUUUGCGAAGCUGCCAACAUGCCCGCCACGUCCCAGAAUCCAACGCGGCGAGACUCUCCUCUGUUUCGUUUAAAAGGAUGAUUCUCUGGAGGUUCUUGAUUUAACUGCUGUUAACUAAUACUUGUUAACUAAUCCUUGCUCGUUGUGACAACGAGUUAACCUCUGCCAUUCUCACCUUAAAAAAGUAGCUGAAACUUUCUCUAUUCAUGGGAUAUGACGACACAUGGCGAGUGACGUAUGGACGCAAUUUUCUUCUGGAAACGACCCCAGACAAACAGGUCUAAAAUUAUAAACACUUAUAAUUGGUUUAAAGGUGCAAUACACAGAACACCGGGUAUGUAAGACUGACAACUAGCGGUUGAAACGGGCAGUGCAGACCCAAUUUACCAAAAUUCAAAGUAAAAUAACUGACUGUAGCAUUGUUUUUCAGAUAAACGAGUAUGUAAACACAGCAU